GCGGCACAGACUUCUCCAUCCCCGGCACCAGGCGUGGUCUCAGCUGGGUGCGGUGCUCCGGGUCUUGUUCGGCUGAAGUUCCCUGAGUGUGACCGCUGAGCAGCAUCACAUGUCCCGAGCAUGACAGAGAUGUGAAGAGCAGAGCUGACAUGGAGAGGAGAGUCUAGUGAACACUGGUGGCCGUGCGUAAUUCUCCACUGAUCGGUGCGUCAGGACUGAGUGUGUGAGAGAGAGGAGACACUGUGAGAGAGAACAAUGGGCGUCCUGCAGCUGCUGAAGUCCCAGUUCUUGUGCCACCUGCUCAUGUUCUACGUGUUCCUGGCAUCGGGCAUCAUCAUCAACCUGUUGCAGAUCUGCACUCUGCCUCUGUGGCUGGUCAGCAAGCAGCUGGCCCGCAGGAUCAACAUCAGACUGAGCUACUGCAUCAGCAGCCAGCUGGUAGCUCUCCUGGAGUGGUGGUCUGGGACACAGUGUACGCUCUACACGGAUCCAGAGAGCUACUCACUGUACGGGAAAGAGAACGCCAUCGUGGUUCUGAAUCACAGUUUUGAGAUUGACUUCCUGUGUGGCUGGACCUUCUGUGAGAGAUUUGGAGUCCUCGGGAGUUCAAAGGUGUUGGCUAAGAAGGAGUUGGCGUACGUUCCAGUGAUUGGUUGGAUGUGGUACUUCAUGGAGAUCGUCUUCUGUAAGAGGAAAUGGGAGGAGGACAGAAGGACGGUGGCACAGAGUCUUCAGAACCUGCGGGAUUACCCAGAAAACUUCUGGUUCUUGCUUUUCUGCGAAGGCACACGCUUCACGCCAAAGAAGCAUCAGAUCAGCAUGCAGGUGGCUGAGAGCAAAGGUCUGGUCAAACUGAAGCAUCAUCUCCUGCCCAGGACCAAGGGAUUCUGGGUAACCGUCCAAAACCUCAGGGGAAAUGCCGUGGCUGUUUACGAUUCCACACUGAACUUCAGAAACAACGAGAAGCCGUCUUUGCUUGGAAUUCUCAACGGGAAGAAAUAUCACGCAGAUUUAUAUGUGAGGAGAAUCCCUCUGGAGCAGAUCCCAGAAGAUGAGGCCGGUUGCGCUGCCUGGCUCCACAAGCUCUACCAGGAAAAGGACAGCUUUCAGGAGCAUUACACACAGACGGGACGUUUCCCCGGGCCAGUAACGAGCCCACCAUGCGGACCCUGGACCUUGAUCAACUGGCUGUUCUGGUUCUGCUUGCUGCUCUACCCUCUGGGCCUGCUGCUCGCUCAACUCAUCAGCUCUGGAACAAUUUUCACCCUCUUGGCUGCUGUGGCUCUCUGCUCUGCAGCUUCACUGGGAGUUCGCUGGAUGAUCGGCCAGACUGAGAUCAACAAAGGCUCCAGCUACGGGAACAAGGAGGUUCCUCUGAACAACAACUGAGUCGGCUCUGAGCUGCUUCUUUGCACAGCUGCUUUUCUGAGAAGGCUGCAGUCUGCAGAAUUUUGAAAUCACCAGCCUGACGGGAGCUUGCAGGUCCAACAAGUACAAACUUGCUUAAAGCACAAAACAAACAGGGUUGUCUUGUUCUAAUGCUGCAGGAGCUCAACUUGGAUGAUGACAGUGGACUGAGGUGAGCCGCUUCCUUUAGCCGUCAACAACAUUCUCUUUAAAACAGAGGGUUAAUAUUUAAUUACACUCAAGAUAGAAAUUCUCUCUAUAAAGACAAAUUGAAACUUUGGAUUCAAGCAAGUGAAAAAUGAAGUGAACUCUACAUUUUAUGGUUGAAUAAAAUAUAUAUUUUACUUACUUUACCCCGGUCCUAAUUAUGCAGAACAUCAUUUCUGAGGCCCUGAUUAGGGUUAGAGAGAAGAUGUGAAUUGUUGUUGGGUUUUUAGGGUGAAGCAUGAGUUGGUCCACAAUGAAAUGCAGUGUCCUAACAAGGACGGCUGUGCAAACUCUGUGUGUGCCUCACUUCAUCAAAGGGCUGUUAAAGGGUUUACAUUUUUAUUUAAGGGUUAGGAAAUGGAGGGGAAUAGGGAAUGAAUGAUGCUAAUGAGUUUAUUUACUAAGAUAGAACUACUAGAGUGUUUGUGUGUGCGUGUGUGUUCAGCAGCGAGCUAGAGCAGGCCCCGUUUCUAAUUGUAAUUAACUUCACUUGAGUCAUGAGAGCAGCUCCUCACCAGCUAACAGAUUUACUCCAAACAAUCCCUGAAGGCUUCAGCUUGUCGCCCACUCUAGUAAAAAAGCCACUAAAAAGCUGGUGUUUGUACUUGAGCAUUGAAAAGUGACGAAUAACGUAUUCUGUAUUAGAAGGUGUUGAAAUCAGGACUACAGACGAGAAGAUUCACAGCCUGAGUUGCGGGUCACUUCCGCUGUGGUUUUAAUAAAUAAAUACCUGUCACGUAACAUAAAUACUGCACAUGGAGACACAGCUAAUCCACCAGACCUCUGUUAUUGACAGUAAACACAGAGGUAAAGUGAGCACGUCUCCUCCCUCACUGUAACCUCUCCAGUUAUCAUCUCAGCCAGGACACAGCAGAGCUCUUCUGUGACCUUUGACCUUUGCUCAUUAAACCUGUAAAGUCUGUGUAGAACUGCACCAGGUCGUACUGGACUUGAGGCAUGGAUUAGAGAAAGAAAACCAUCCAUCUAUAGGGACCCCUAGUGGUGGUUUCUUAUUUAUUUUCCUCUGUCACCUGGACAUUUCAGUCACUGCCUAAUUGAAGAAAUCUUUUUUGUUGGUUUGAAUUAACCUAAAAUUGCCUUCUUUCUUCUUCCUAUAACAAAUAUUUUGAGUGCAUGAAAUUCUCAAGGUUGUAUUAAAUUAAAGAAUAAUUAAUUUGGGUACUAAAGAUAAUUUUGUAAAUUGUCAUGUGUCUUAAAUUAUGAUGCAAUAACAAUUGAUAUUAAAAAUAAACAAUGUGUAUUUUGCUAAUCUA